AUGGACGGACAAGGCCAUCCGCCGACUCCCGCCCCGGCGCCACAGGACAACUCAUGGAUGUGCUGUGCUGUCGACGAGAUCCUGCAAGCACUCCAAGGCGCCGGGCCAAGCCCGCCGCGUCCCAGCGACAGCCUCGUCGCCCAUAACGCCGGCCUCUUCCGACCACGGGCCCUACCCGUCGACGCCACCAUCGCCGCCGACAACGGGGAGGAGACGAUCGCCGGCAACCACGCCGGGCCCCGUCGGCCCUCUACAGAGGGGAUGCCACUCCUGGUACCCCUGUUCGCCGGCCUCGUUGGGCCACGUCGGGCCCCUCUGGAAGUCGUCCUCCGUGACGAUGACGAGGAGGAGGCCCACCAAAGCGACGACGCUGGACUCCAGCCAGCACCCUUAAGGGGCAUGCCGCUCCAGGCACCCCUGCGCACCGGCCACCUAGGGCCGCAGGCGCCUCCUCCGGAAGUUGCCCCUCACGAGGAGGAGGCUGUCGCUGCUCUCGGACCUCUGGGCGCGGCGUACGACCUGGUCUCCGACGACGAGGGCCGUGACAACCAAACACCUCGUCACUAUAACUCAACCGGCGAUGACGGCGACGACAGCGACGCGACCGUCCUGUACGACCCCACCGCGGAGGACAGCCGUGACAUACGGAGGAGGCGCACCACACCGCCGCAUCCGAGCGACAACCGGGCCCCGCCGUACAUGGGCGAGGUAGAAGCCGCCCUGAUGGAAUGCUUCGGGGAGAUACCAGUGGACGUGUUUGACUGGGGAAGCGGCACCAACACGGCGUCUACAAUCUCGGCCGACGAGGACGAGGCCAGCCGGGAUGGCCGCCAGUCGGACGCCUCGCGACCACCUUCCACCGGACCCGCCGAUGACGCAUCAACAUCGACAGUCUCGGCCGACGAGGACGAGACUAGUCAGGACAGUGGCUGGUCCUACGCCCCGCGAUCGCCGCCCCCACGCUGGACUCCACCCAGCACCACGCCGCUACAAAGCUGGGCCCCAGCCACUGCCAGUCGCAGCCGACCCCCUCCGCCCUCCUACGAGGAGAUAUUUGGCUUGAGACCAUACCCCGGUCCUCACGCUACCGCCCGAUGCGCCGCGGUGGCCGCCAGUCGUGAUCCUCGACCCCGCCUGCCCACCAUUGCGGAGCUGGCCGCAGAAGAGGCGCGCCGAAGAGCGGAGGACCUCAGCGAGGAGCUCGGCAACCCACCGGGUGCCCAACCGCCGACGAAUGGCCCACCGCCAUCACCGACUCCACGCCGCCGAGCACGGCGCAGGAGCGCACCAUGGGCAGACAGCCCACCCAGCUCGUCCGACGAGUCAUCAUCGGACGCCGACGAGGGAGCCAUCAACCCUCCCCGCUGGGUACCGGCCCCAGUAGAAUGGACCACGCCGAACGGCACGCUGCCGGCAGCUUUGCUCCGCCGGAUUCACGGGCGCCUGGCGACGCCACGAAGACGGACGAUUCGGAUUCUGGAGGAGGAGGCGAACCAACGCUUCCGCGUCCAAAUCAACCGAAGCGGGAAG